AUGACUGUCAAUCUCACUGAGCUUGACGCGCAUGAGCAGCCGUCGGACCAGAUGCGGGCAAUAUGGAAAUCAUACUCCCGGGCAGACAAGGAAGAACUUCUCUUAAAUGGAGCCAUCGACGACUUGGAGAAACCUGAAAAGGCAGCCGAGUUUGUUGUCGCAGGCACAGUUCCAGCCGCAACGCUCACCAAGGGCUUCGCCUUUCUUGGAUCAGGCUUCGAUGCUGCCGCCAGUGACGCACCGAUUUAUUAUCACCCAUUGUUACCAGGCCUUCUUAUAUUCCCCUCAAUCGUACCCUUGGAAGUUCAAAAGACCCUGCUCUCAAAACUCAUUCACAGAGAUCUCAGCGUUCCAGCUCACCAAACCAACAUGCAUCUUCAUUAUGAAUUGCCUUACGUGGAGCGCAAGCCUACAGAUGGAGAAGGGGAACCGGAAGAUUGUAGGCAAUCAUUCUUCUCCCAUUCUCCUGAUUCGCCUGUCCGCUUCCAGCCCAAAGACCCAGACGUACACAAACCUCUUUCCAUGAAGCAGGUUAUGGACCGUCGUCUACACUGGGUGACUCUGGGCGGUCAGUAUGACUGGACAAACAGAGUCUACCCUGAAGAGGAGCCACCGAAAUUCCCACCCGACGUUGCGGGAUUCUUGGAGACGGUGUUCCCCGAUACGAUCGCGCAGGCAGCGAUUGUGAACUUUUACACUCCCGGAGACACCAUGAUGAUGCAUCGCGACGUUUCGGAAGAGACCGAUAAGGGUCUCGUGAGUCUCAGUCUUGGUUGCGACGGGCUCUUCAUGAUAGCCCCUAGCGACAUUGGUAAAAUGUCCGAAGAGGAGCGGCCAGAGGAUGUGAAGAAACAAUACUUGCUCCUCAGGCUAAGGUCUGGAGAUGCCAUUUAUAUGAUCAAAGAGUCGAGAUAUGCGUGGCAUGGAGUUCCCAAGGUCCUCAAAGGAACAUGCCCAGAGGCCUUGGAAGAUUGGCCGGCCGAAGAUGGCAGGUUCGAGGAGUGGCGUGGGUGGAUGAAGAACAAACGAAUCAACCUGAAUGUGCGACAGAUGAGAGAAUGA